UAUCAGCAUCAUACAAUAGUGGUUCAAAUUUUCAGAAGAUCCGAUAUAAAGUGUAAAGAACUCUAGUGCUGUAAACAUUUAUACAUUCUCUACAGAUAUUGCCAGUAUUGGUAGUAUCAGCAUAAAAUAUUUUGGAUUAUUUUUAUGUUCAAAAAUGUAUUAUAAAAUAUUGUGCAGUGUAUAGUGACUUUAAUUUGAUAAAAUGUAUAUUGUAUAAACAUUCAUUGUUUUUAUUUUUUAAAUAUAUUCGAUUUAAUCUCAGCUCAUCGUUGACAAUGAAGGCAACGUAUACUUGGUUAAUAUAUUCAUGUUUAUUUUUUGGAUCCGGGAUUUUGUGUGAAGGAGAUGGUGAUGAUUCUUGUUCAAUAGACAACGAUGAUAAGUUUUAUUGUUCAAAUGGACUGUGUAUCGAAUGGUCGUGGGUUUGUGAUGGUCGCAAAGAUUGUUUAGAUGGUUCGGACGAGACCAAAGCGUUGUGUGCUCGAUACGAAUAUGGAAAAAAUAUUACUAUGGGUUGUGGUAAAGUACGUAUUAAAAACCAGAUCAUAUCCGAAAAAGAUAAUCAAGAAGCAAUGGCUGGAACAGCACCUUGGAAUGUUGGAAUAUAUAAAUUAAAUGAAGAAAAUUCCGAAAAUUAUGACUUGAAAUGUGGGGGAUCAAUUAUUGCUCCAAAUUUAGUCAUCUCCGCGGCUCAUUGUUUUUGGCAAAAAGGUAUGUUAUCCAAAAGCAUAUUAAACGAUAAUCUAUACAAAAUUGCUGUUGGAAAAUAUGAUAGAAAUUUCACAAUAAUUGACAAUGACUUUACCCAAAUAAUGAAUGUGGAACAUAUUUACAUGAAAGAAGGUUAUAUCGGAUCUAACGGUUUUCAUGUUGAUGAUAUAGCUGUCAUUGUAUUAGCAAGUACAAUUUCUAUGAGCAAUUAUGUUGCACCUGUUUGUAUCGAUUGGAAUCGUAAAUAUCAUGUACAGAAUGGAGCUCAAGGAAAGAUUGUUGGUUGGGGAAAAACGGAAAAAGGCACAUUAAGUCCUGUUUUAUUAGAAACAUCACUACCAUAUAUCGACCAAGAAACUUGUCGAAAAAAGUAUACAAACGGAUUUGAACAAUUUGUGACUGUUGAUAAGUUUUGUGCCGGAUCUCAAUUGGUUUCAGGGAAAGGAGUAGGUGUAGCAUUUAGCGGAGCGGGAUUGACAUUUAUGCACUACAAUUCGUAUUAUCUAACUGGAAUAGCUUGCCUAGCUAUAAAAGAUUCAACUACGAACGAUUCAAUUACUGUUUUUACAGACAUUGAGCACCAUGUUCAAUGGAUUCGCGGACUGUUAAACAAGCAUAUCACAGGAAAACUAUGCAUUUUACCAAAAGCCGAAGGAGUUGUAUAUUCUUAUGAAGGUUCUAAUGAAAAGAUAUCUCACGGAACAUUAAUUAAUCAUCAUCUUAAUAUUAUUGAGAAUUGUGCAGUUGGAUAUCAUAAGGCUUAUUCCAAUGGUUUUAGGUUUUGUCGGGAAAAUGGAAAAUGGUUAUCGAAUUCUGAGAAAUUGUGUUUCAAAAUGUGUCCAUCUCUAGAAUCAGAUAGUUUAGAUAUUAAAUGUACUUUAAAUGUAAAGUAUGCCAAUUGCUCAAAUCUAUCGAUACCCGAUACAAUAGCAAAAUUAUCAUGUAAGCCAUCAUAUUCUGCACCAAAUGGACAAGAAGAGACUCCACUUGAUUUACUUUGUCAGUCUAAUGGAACGUGGAAUAAACAGCUAUACAGUUGCAAUCCGUAUUGCGGUAAAGUGUACGCCAAAAACCAAGUAUUGAUCGAAAAUGGCGAAAAAGCACGUAUUGGAACAGCUCCGUGGAAUGUUGGAAUAUAUCGGUUGAAUAAAGAAAAUUCGAAUUAUGAUUUGAUUUGUGGAGGUUCUAUUAUUGCUCCAAAUUUAGUAGUUUCAGCUGCUCAUUGUUUUUGGGAAAAAAGUAUGUUAUCUAAGAGAAUAUCAAUAAACGACGGUCUUUACAAAAUCGCUGUUGGAAAAUAUGAUAGAAAUAUUACAGUAGUUGACAACGACUUUACUCAAAUAAUCAAUGUAGAAAUGAUUUACCUAAAUGAUGGUUAUUAUGGACCCACUGGAUUUCAUGCUGAAGAUAUAGCUAUUAUUGUGUUACCAAACAGAGUUUCUUUUAGUAAUGGUGUGGCACCUGUUUGCAUCGAUUGGAAUAGUAAAUACAAUGAAGUCAAUGGAAAUCAAGGAAAGAUUGUCGGUUGGGGAAAAACGGAAAAAGGCAUUUCAAGUCCUAUUUUAUUAGAAGCAUCUUUACCAUACAUCGACCAUAGUUCUUGCCGGAAUAUGUACACAAACGGAUUUGAACCAUUUGUGACUAUUGAUAAGUUUUGUGCCGGUUCUACAUCAGUUUCAGGACAAGGAGUGGGUAAGGGAGAUAGCGGCGCAGGCUUAUGCUUUUUACACUCUAAUUCUUAUUACCUAACCGGAAUAGUGAGUAUCAAAGAUUCAGAUUCAAAUAAUUCAAUCGCAGUAUUUACAGAAGUUAAGCACCACAUACCAUGGAUUCGUGGACUCUAUAAUAAACAUAUUGUUUAGAUUUUUCAAUAUAUUUACAUUAAUCUCAGCUCCCCAUUGGCAAUGCAAGUGACGUAUUCCUGGUUAAUAUGUUCAUGUUUAUUUUAUGGAUCCGGAAUUUUGUGCGAAAAUGAAGAUUCUUGCUCAACAAAAGCCGAAGAUAAUUUUUAUUGUUCAAAUGGACUGUGUAUCAAAUUGUCGUGGGUGUGUGAUGGUCGUAAGGAUUGUUCAGAUGGUUCAGACGAGACCAAAGAGUUGUGUGCUCGAUACCAGUAUGGACCAAAUAUGUCCAUGGAAUGUGGUAAAGUAAAUAAAAAAAACCAAGUAACAUCCAGAGAAGAUAAAGCAACGAUUGAAACAGCACCUUGGAAUGUUCUAAUAUAUAAAUUAGAUGAUUCUAGUUAUUACUUAUCGUGUUUAGGAUCACUUAUUGCUCCAAAUGUAGUGAUUUCAAUUGCUCAUGUUUUUUGGAAGAAAGGACAAUCCAAGACAAUAUCAAUAAACGAUGGCUCAGUCAAAGUUGCUAUAGGAAAAUACUAUAGACAUUUUGAAAUUAUAGACAACUUAACUCAAAUAAUCGAUGUUGAAAUGAUUUAUAUGCCUGAAGGUUAUAAUGGACUUGAUGGAAACUUCGCUGAAGAUAUCUCUCUUCUUGUGUUAUCAUACAAAGUUUCGUUUAUUAAUGGCGUUUCACCCGUUUGUAUCGAUUGGAAUAGUAAACAUGAGGUACAGAAUGGAGCUCAAGGAAAGAUUCUUGUGUGGGAAGACACAGAAAAUGGCACACAAAGUCCUGUUUUAUUAGAAAAAUUAUUUCCAUUCAUCGACCAUAGUACUUGUCAAAGAAAUAAUAUAAGUGGAUUGGAUCGUUAUUUGACUUUUGAUAAGAUUUGUGCCGGUUCUAAAUUGGUUUCAGAAUUAGCAUACCGUGUAGGUCAUGGAAAUAGCGGAUCGGGUAUAAGUUUUUUGCACUCAAAUUCUUAUUUUUUAACUGGGGUACUCAGUGUUUUGGAUAAAAAAUACAAUAAAAAUACAGUCAUAGGUUUGACAGAUAUUAAACAACAUGUUAAAUGGAUUCGUGGACUUUUAAACAAUUAUGUAAUAGAGAAUUCGUGCGUUUUACCAAUUGUCGAAGGAGUCGUGUAUUCUUAUGAAGGUUCUAAUGAGACUUUACCUCACGGUGCAUUAAUAAAUCAUCAUCUAAUUGUUAUUGAGAAUUGUGCAGUUGGAUAUUAUAAGGCUUAUCCCAAUGGUUUUAGGUUUUGUCAGGGAAGAGGAAAAUGGGUAUCGAAUUCUGAGAAAUUGUGUUUCAAAAUGUGUCCACCUCUACUAUCAGAUAGCUUAGAUAUUAAAUGCACGCUUAAUGGUAAGUAUGCAAACUGUUCAAAUUUAUCGAUACCCAAUACAAUAGCAACGCCAUCAUGUAAGCCAACAUAUAUUGCUCCGAAUGGACAAGAAGAUACUCCCCAUGAAUUACAUUGUCAGUCUAAUGGGACAUGGAAUACUCAGCUUCAGCUAUAUAGAUGCAAUCCAUAUUGCGGUAAAGUAUAUAUCAAAAAUGAAGUAUUGAUCAACAAUGGAGAGAUAGCACUUGUUGGAACGGCACCUUGGAAUGUUGGAAUAUAUAAAUUAAAUAAAAAUAUGUCCGAUUAUGACAUUAUAUGUGGAGGAUCUAUUAUUGCUCCAAAUUUAGUCGUUUCUGCUGCUCAUUGUUUUUGGCAACAAGGAGUGUUAUCUAAGAAAUUAUCAAUAAGCGACGAUCGAUACAAAAUUUCUGUUGGAAAAUAUGAUAGAAAUUUAACAAUAAUUGACAAUGACUUUACUCAAAUAAUAAAUGUGGACAUUAUUCACCUGAAAGAAAGUUAUUAUGGACCCACUGGGUUUCAUGCUGAAGAUUUAGCUAUUAUUGUGUUAAAAAGCAGAGUUUCUUUUAGUAAUGGUGUGUCGCCUGUUUGUAUAGAUUGGAAUAGUAAAUACAAUGAAGUCAAUGGAAAUCAAGGAAAGAUUGUUGGUUGGGGAAAAACGGAAAAAGGCAUUCCAAGUCCUAUUUUAUUAGAAGCAUAUUUACCGUAUAUCGACCAUAGUUCUUGCCAUAAUAUGUAUACUAACGGAUUUGAACCAUUUGUCACAGUUGAUAAGUUUUGUGCCGGUUCUGAAUCAGGUCAAGGAGUGGGUAGGGGAGAUAGCGGAGCUGGCUUAUGCUUUUUCCACUCUGAAUCGUAUUAUUUAACUGGAGUAGCGAGUAUCAAGGAUCCAAAUACAAAUAAUUCAAUUGCAGUUUUCACUGACGUUAAGCAUCACAUUCAAUGGAUUCGUGGACUGUACAACAAAUAUAGUUAUAUUCAAUAA